GGACCCAUAUUCGCCGCGCUGUGUAUUCUGGGAACACACAGUAGUUUCAAGAUGGCGGCGAGCAGGAGGCUGGCCAAGGAACUCGAUGAGAUUCGCAAGUCUGGAAUGAAAAACUUCAGAAACAUUCAAGUUGAGGAAUCAAACCUAUUGUCAUGGCAAGGGCUCAUUGUUCCUGACAACCCUCCUUAUGACAAAGGUGCGUUCAGAAUCGAAAUCAUUUUCCCCACCGAGUACCCUUUCAAGCCUCCCAAGAUCACAUUCAAGACAAAGAUCUAUCACCCCAACAUUGAUGAGAAGGGCCAGGUGUGCUUGCCUGUGAUCAGUGCAGAGAACUGGAAGCCUGCCACCAAAACUGACCAAGUAAUUCAGUCCCUCAUUGCGCUGGUGAACGACCCCCAGCCGGAGCAUCCCCUUCGGGCAGACCUAGCAGAAGAAUACUCAAAGGACCGUAAAAAAUUCUUGAAGAACGCUGAAGAGUUUACAAAGAAACACGGCGAAAAGCGGCCAAUGGACUGAUCACCUGACAAGCGUGUAGCCCUCUCUCUGUCUCUUUCUCCCCCUCUCCUCCUGUCUUACCCGCCCAAACCAAAUACCGAUCUUCCUCUCGCCUCCUCGCUCUCCCCCUACACCUCACCACCUUCCUCGCUCACUCCCCUCCCCCCCUUCUCCCCUUUACACCGGUCCUCCCUGCAGUCCAGGAGCCGCCCCAGCUGAAGCCAGGCAGCGGCAGCCUCAGCCUCCCUCCCCAUCCAGGACUCUCUGUGGAUCAGACAGCUUCCUCCCCUUCCUCUUACUCCUCUUCCUCCCCCUCCUCAGCCAUAAAUCUCCAGACCAUUUCUAACUUUCUACUCUUUUCUUAAUGUGAAAAAUGGAAAAAGAAAUGAUAAGGGAACAUGAUGUUCAGAUGAAGAGUUAGAUGGAAAUACUGAGUAAUGUGUUAAUUUUCUGUUUGCUUUUCCUCUAUAUAAACAACUCUUGUGUUAAAUAGAUCUCACUUAGACAUGAUUUUUCUGAAGUAUUUUAUUUUUUGCAGAGAAGGAAUACUGGUUGAUUACUCUUUUUUUCUUUUGCCCCAUCAUCAAUAAUCUUUUAAGCUUAAAAAAAAACGAACAUGACAGAAAGAAGAGAAGCUGUAGGUAGGUCCUGGAGGUGCGUGCUGACUGAAAUGUUUUCCUUACUCACCUCCACUGCUUCUAGACUUGCACUGUACUCUAUGGGACAAUCCCUCUCACAUCUCCUUCCCCACAGUUUGUAACCCACUGAGCAGAAACAAACAUUAAUUGAAAUGUCAUUGCUGAAAAUGCUACAGAACAUUCUUGAGUGUGAAAGAAAAAUUGGUUUCCAAACAUGCCGUUAUCUUCAGGAGGCCCUCAAAGAAUAUCCCAAAAUUUUCUCAGAUGUACUUUGAUGGGUUUUUUCAACAUAGAUUAGUUGCACUCUCAGACCAUGCUGCUAAAUCAGCAUGACAAAUGGCAAUUGUGAUUUUCUGUUCCUGAUUAGUAUCAGGAUUAGUAAUUAUUUGCUUUCUCCACUUGAAAUGAUAUUGAUUGGCACUUAUUUAAAAUUGUUAAUGUGGGAAGAACCUGUUUGGUUAAUUGGAAUCUACCACGCAUGUUUCCUCUCCCACUAUUGGGCACCCUAAUAUAACCACCUAUCACAUCAGAAACAGAGCCCUUUACCACACUGAGACAUAUUCCAGUGGCAGAUGGACUGUCGGCUGCCCAGCUGAAAGGGACGUCAGGAGGGAGGGGGGGAAGGAGAAGCUGGAGAGGGAUGCACUCAGCUGGAAUGAAGCUCAGCUCCUGGAGGCGGUCCUAGGAACAAGCACCUUGAAGGCAGCUGGGAGAGGGCUGGCUGUCCGGGGAUGUGUCAGGACAUGGAAAGGGACUGCAGUGGCCAAAAAACCACCAUGUAACAGCUGUUUGAUCUGGUCCCUAUAUUGUUUCAUAAUAAAGAUGGCUAACCAUUUGGCCUCACUGUC